CCGGCAGGCACCCGGCCCAGUCAGCCAAACGCGCGCCACYAUYGUGUACGUGCYGCGCACUCAAGCGUACACAGCACACAAUCCGUGUGAAUAUCGCAUUGUAUUAAUUCAUGAUAGGUAACCGUGCGAUUAUUGUAUAUGAAAACGUCAUAUCGUACUCGGCUAAGUUAAUUUAUUUACAAAAAUAAGGUUCUAUUUUCCUGUCGUAACGUCGAAGAAUUCCAUUUCAAGUCCUAUAUUGAAUCUCAUACAUUAUUAAGAUGGGAGUACAAAUGAGAACAAAGACCGAAGAAACGGCUGAGCCUCUGAUUGAAAAUAACAACAAGGAUAGCUUGGAUGAACCUCUGAAGCCACAACCUCCACAAAAACGUGAAAUAUUAUGGGCUACAGCUAUAUAUUUAACCACUUGGCACAUAUUAGCUGUUAUCUGUACGAUACUUUACUGGAAGAAUGUCAAAAUGGCUACCAUCUUAUGGAGUCUUCUUGUUGGAUUCAUUGGACAGUUUGGUGUAACAGCAGGUGUGCACAGAUAUUACACUCACAAAGCGUACAAAGCCAAGAUUCCUUUGCAAAUCAUUCUUCUGGCUUGCUAUUCAGUUGCUGGACAGUACAGAGUAACAGAUUGGGUUCAUGACCAUAGAUUKCACCAUAAAUUUAGUGACACUGAUGGUGAUCCCCAUAAUGCUAAACGAGGAUUGUUCUUCUCACAUAUUGGUUGGUUGAUGCAACGUGGACACCCAGAAGUAUUCCGUCGUAGCAAAACCAUUGAUAUGACUGAUAUAAAUAACGACCCCUUAGUGCAAUUCCACACAAAAUAUUAUUGGUUUUUCAAAAUAACUUUAUGUUUCGUAUUGCCUGUACUUGUACCUGUGUUUUGUUGGAAUGAAAGCUGGAUGGAAGCAAUUGGAAUUAGUGGAGUAUUGCGGUUUGUGAUUUUCACCAACAUGACAUUUUCAAUCAAUAGCUUGGCUCACUUCUGGGGAACAAAACCAUAUGACACACGCAUAAGACCUGUACAGAACAUGGCUUUGGCUAUUUUGACUACCGGAGAAGGCUGGCAUAACUAUCAUCAUGCAUUCCCAUGGGACUACCGGGCAGAAGAAUAYGGUGGAAACUUUACCAACCCAACUACCGUAGUUUUGGAUUUGUUUGCCAAAAUUGGAUGGGCAUACGACUGCAAAACACCAUCAGCAGAUCUCAUCAAACAAGUGGCUAACAAGCAUGGAGAUGGAAGUUGGAGCGAAAUACCGGCUGAAUGCAAAUAGAUUAUUAUCAACACUAAUGCAUUUUUCUAAAUAAUUAAAAGACUUCAUGAACUUUUAAAUGCCUUCAUAGAAUGUUAUUUAAUAUCUAAAAUUACAAAGACUAGAAUACAAUUAUGUUGUACAYCUAUGAAAUGAUAAUAACUGCAAUGGCAUUCAGUAUUUCAAUAGUUUUUGGUUUUACUUUAAAUUUUGGUGUAAUUUUAUAGAUUUUUUUUCUUGUGAAUAUUAGCAAUACGAUUGGGUAACAACAUAUUAGUUUAACUACACAUAUUUAUAUACUCACACAUACAUAUUAUAUAUUUAUAUAUACACACUAUACAGCUAACGCUUUACACAUACUGUUGUACAUAGUACAGUCAAUUUUGGCUAAAUUCCUGUUGUCUUGCACAUAAAAAAAUAAUGAAUCACUUACCGUUAUAACUACACCUUAAAAUACUUUAAUUUAAAACAUGUAUAUGGUGAUCAUUGAAACAAAAUAGCAUAUUGUGCUAAUAAUGCUCAAACAUUAGUACCCAAUCGUAUUACAUUGUCCAAAAUUUAGAUAAGUAUCAAAUAAAAAUUAUUUAUUAUAAACAUUUAGUUAAUCGGUUGCARCUGUCCAAUGACGAAUCAAUAUUCCCAACGAGCUUAUGAAUAUAGCAUCAAGUAAUCUUACAAUGAAUACAAGUGUGUGUGUACAUGUAUGGACAAAAGAUGUGAAUGUGAUAUUGUAAUGUUUAUAGAUAUAUGGAAAUUUGUGAUGUAUUUCACUUUCUUUAAAAUGUACAGUUUAACAUAAUAUUACGAUUCUAGACGUAACAAUAUUUACUGGUAUCGUGCCAUUCUCAUAGGUUGAUAAAUGAGUAUGUUAGCAAAAUAUACAAAACUAGAUGAUUAUUAUAAUAUUAUAAAAUAUAUUAUAGUAGAGCCAGAUAUCUACAAUAUGCUAUGUAAUAUUAUGCACAUAGGCACCAAUCACCAGAAUACCUAUCACAUUAACACAUAUACAUACAUGUAUACAUUAUGUUAGUCAUUAGACCCUUAAUAAUAGGUGUAGGAAAUUUUUUUGUGAUUUUCUUUUGUUUUAUCAUUAUGGUAAUUAAUAUUAAUGGUAUUAGAAGUAACACGAUGAACUGAAAUAAAUAAAAUUUUAUUUACAAAAUAAA